UGAAUUCAGAUCAAACCAGUUUCGUUUGGCGGUUCCUGGGCCGGGAAGAUUGAGUUUUUUUUAAAAAAAAAGAAAAUCUAAAUCAUUCGUUAUAGCAGAUUUAGAUCACUUUAAACAAUAGAUACCAGUGACGCGAACAUGAGCGACACCGAGAAAGAGUUCAAGGAGGUUGAGUUUGGAAGAAAGAAAAAACGGUGGAAGACGUUUCAGAUGCGAAGUUGUUAAUGUUUGAAGCCAAAGCCGUUGAUGCAUGCUAAUGUAUUGGGAGCAGGAAGAAAAAAGCGCUCAAGAUCCUAUCCCUCGACUAGUGUUGUAAUGGCAGAUGGUAAAAUUGGGGAAGAGGAGCAAAAAAGACGUCAUAAUGUCAAAGAGAAGAAAGAAGAAAUGAAGGGUUGUUUUGAAGUAAUGAAGUAAAAGAAGUAAUGAAGUUAUGAUCAGAAGUUUGGCCUGGAGCCACAGCCUGGCUCGGGGAGUUCCUCCCCGCGGCGGUCGGCAAAAUCCGUCAGCCGCUCACCGGCGCGUUCCAAGGAGGGUUCCCGCAAUUCCAGGUCCAGGUCUCGCUCACGCUCCAGAUCCAAGUCCAAAUCGAGGUCCCGUUCUCACCGGAGCUCCCGCAGGAACUAUUCGCGCUCUCGCUCCCGCUCCCGGCGUCGCCGUUCCAGAAGCCGGUCCGGCAGCCGGCGGAGGAGCCACAGUCGCUCCCCUAUGUCCAACCGACGUAGGCACAUUGGAAACAGGGCCAACCCUGACCCAAACACCUGCCUGGGCGUCUUCGGGCUGAGCCUGUACACCACCGAGCGGGACCUGCGGGAAGUGUUUUCCAAGUAUGGCCCCUUGGCAGACGUCAACAUAGUGUACGACCAGCAGUCACGGCGCUCCAGGGGAUUCGCCUUUGUCUACUUUGAGAACUACGAAGACUCCAAGGAGGCCAAGGAGCACGCCAACGGAAUGGAGCUGGACGGGCGCCGAAUCCGGGUGGAUUUCUCCAUUACCAAGCGAGCGCACACCCCCACUCCUGGUAUCUACAUGGGACGGCCCACGUAUGGCGGAGGGGGCGGCGGCGGCGGAGGAGGCGGCGGCGGCUCAAGGCGCAUGUCGAGGGACUACGACCGAGGCUACGAUCGCGGUUACGACCGAGGUUACGAUCGGGACUACGAUCGCUAUGACGACCGGGAGUACCGAUCAUACAGGCGAAGAUCUCCAUCGCCGUACUACAGCAGAGGGUACCGUUCUCGAUCCAGAUCCCGAUCCUACUCCCCGCGUCACUACUGAGCAGUGAGUUGUCCAUGUUUUUUUUUUUUUUUUUUUUUAGAUGUUACGAGGAGAUCACCGUGUAGACACCAAAAUGCAUGGAAAUACGUCAAAUUUACUUUACAAAUCUGAGAAUUCUUGGUCUGAAAAGUUUGUGUAACUGAAAAUCUCCCCUGCCAUGUUUUUUUUUUGUGGACGCAGAACCAAAAGGGUGACCUUUAGAAGAAUGAUUUUUUUUUUUUUUUUUUUUUUUUUAUAUCUGUAACGUAUAAUUGACUUUGGAGUCUGGAUGUUUUUUUUCUAUACAAGCGGGUUUGUCUGCUUCUCAUGUGGCAAGUUUGAAAGCGGCUAUUUUUUCAUCGCUCAGUUAAUAUUCCCUGUUAUAUGUUCACGUUAUUCUUACUGCUACGGUUGCUGUCGUCGCUAAGGAUCAAAAUCUGGUCACGAGUCGUAGAACAUGGCGAACUUCCAUUGGGUAUUUGCUAUGUUCAGGAAUAGAAGUACCGACUACAGAAAUUUGCUAAAAGUGGCUUGUUUUCCUCCUACAGUUUUAGGCACACACACAUGGUCUGUUUUGUAUGUAAUUUGUCAUGUGGAUUUUCAAAUAAAACUUGAAAGCAUUGCCAUCA